UUGAGAUGUACAGUAUUUAUUACAUUGGGUGAUUUUUGGCCUUUUGAAUCUUUUCCUUUAUGCUUUUUUCCCCUUCUUUUUUGUUCUUAGGUUUGAGUGUUUUUAAUCUCGUUCUGGGGUAAUUCCCUUCUUUCUAAUCUUAUCGUAUAAGUAAAUUGCUUGCAUCAAAAAGAAAAAAGAAAGGGCGAUUGUACUUUGCGGGGAGCCAUGGUGCUAAAUGCGGGUGUGGCCGACAAGAUGUUAAUUUCAUUAUCAGAGAACUGGUAAAGGUUGAGGGUCUUCGUACAAGCUGCUAUGGCAUCAAUAACCUAAUUAAUAAGUUCACUGAACAUUUUAAAUACUCCCAUGUCUUCAUCACUGCUAGUCGGUGCUAGAAGGCCAGAAAAGAGGGUGUUUUUCUUCCUCCUCUUGAUAAAAUGGAAGACAUUUGGUAAACAAGAUGACAAGAUAAAACUAGCUAGUAGACAUGGGAGGAAACAAGUCAUGCCCGUAUAUGGGUUUCUCCGCUUGUGAAGGUCAGUCUAGUCCCAGCACGCACGGCCAAAUUAGCAGUAACAGCUAGCAUCUACUGCAUAUUCCUUCUUUACUUGAAUCACUUAGGAAUCGAUGCGACAAGACAAAUCACUUAGUUAAACAAGUACCAUUAGCUGUUUGAUUAAGUAGUUUUGUAAUUGCCUUCCUUUUCCUCACUCAUUAAUUAAAGCCUGGCUAACAAUAAUCGAGCUAUCAAACUUUCUGUGGCUUGGCGGUCUUCACUUUUGCUCUUUUAUCAAGAAAAGUUACUUCGUUUGGGCCCAUAUAUGUUUUUAAAACGCGUGUGUGCAUAUGAUCACCAGAUGAGGGAGCUAGCGGAGCUUGGAGGCUGCAACAGGCCUCCAAAGUGCUCAUCUCCAUCCACCCCAUCAAGUGGGACCCUUACAAGGGAAGGCAAAGUCUCAUUCGUUGAUCUUUCCCCAGAGAGCUUAGAGAAGCACUGCCGUCCGAUCAGCUAUGUCAUGAUGGAGACUGAAGUAAAGGGCACCCUCGUUGAGAGACUUGACCAUUUAGAGGAACGUGUACUGAAGCUCUGUGUGCAGCUAGAGGGUGGAUUAGAGGCUGACAAGCACAGGGAAGAAGUGGGGACAGAGAAAAGGAAGCACAAGAAGGGGUUGAAGGGGCUUGUUGAGAAAAUAGUCAAAGGAAAUAAAAAGCACAGGGACAUGGAGUGAAGCGCAAGCUCUUCUUUCUCUUGUUUCUUUUCAAUUUCAGAGCUCGUUACAGCUUCAAUGUGCUUUCUCUCC